CUCUCUAUAUAAAUCUAGAAGUUUGUGAGAGAGAGAGAGAGAGGUCUCCUAUUGAGUCUCUUUGUAUUGUUCUUUUAGCCUUCUAAGGUCUACUAUUGAGAGAGAGCUAGAGACAUCUAUUCAUCUUUGAAUUGGUUUUUGUUUUUGAUCUUCUUCAUCAAAAGAGAAAAAGAAGAAACAUGUUUGAGGAUCAACAAGGGAUGGCAGCUGCAGUCUCAACACAGAUGGGAUUUCUACCAUUUUCAAUGGCAUCAGCAGCUCCAAGCUUGAGCUUCAGCGAUAACAACAACAACAACAAUAAUUCUUCUUCAACUUCAUUGGAUUGUCACCAGUCUCUCAAAACCUUCUCUAUGCCUUCUUCACUUUCAUCUCAUCAUCUUCAUAAUCAUAAUAAUAAUAAUAAUAAUAAUCUCUCUGAAACCCUACUUUCUUCUUCUUCACCUCAAGCAACUGAUCAUUUUGGAAGCCCCCAACUCCUUUCAUUGCAAAGAUCAUCUGCAAAUCUCUGGGCGUAUGGAGAUGUAAACGAGUGCUACAACAGCAAGAGAAUGGCUCAAGAUCAUCAUUUGGGUGUCACCGCCAUGAAAAUGAAGAAAAUAAAAGCAAGAAGAAAGGUGAGAGAGCCAAGAUUUUGCUUCAAAACCAUGAGCGAAGUUGAUGUUCUUGAUGAUGGAUAUAAGUGGAGAAAAUAUGGCCAGAAAGUGGUAAAAAAUACUCAACACCCCAGGAGCUACUAUCGGUGUACGCAGGACAACUGCCGAGUAAAGAAGCGGGUGGAGAGAUUAGCGGAGGAUCCACGAAUGGUGAUAACAACCUACGAAGGAAGACACGUACAUUCCCCCUCACAUGAUCAAGAUGACUCUCAAUCGCCAUCGCAGCUCAAUAACUUUUUCUGGUAAAACAACAGUAAUGAGUGUAUAAUGUUUGAGAAGAAGCAAUGUAAUUUUCUCUGUUAGCUUUUCCUAGUUUUUUCUACUGCAACUGAAGAUGAUCAACAUAAAUAGCCCUGGAAGAUCUGGAAAAAUAACAGAGCUUUAUAUGAUUGUUUGUAGAUGGCUGUGUUAAUUUUUCUGGACCUUCUAUCAGGGCUCUCAUUUAUUAAAUAUGUCUUUGCAUGAA